AUGUCCAGCGUCAAAGACGAGCCGCACUCGCCCGAGGCCGCUGCUGGGACAAGGGACCUGACUUCAAGCGAUUCCGGCUCUGAACGAGAUACGGACACAUUCGAAGAUGCCCCCGACAGCGCCUCCAUCCGCUCGCUGACAAAGCGGUCCCUCCCAUCCCAAUCACCACCACCACCUGCAUCUCCCGACAAGGACGAGUCAGAGUUGGAAACGGAGACGGAAGCGGAGGUAGCCGCCGAUGGCAACGAGUCAGAGAAAGAAAGCGGUGACGAAAAGGACCAGGAUCAGCGCGUUGAGGAAGAUAGCUUCGAGGAAGUCAACGUGCCCAUCGCUGCAGCGGCAACGUCCGACACCACACCGACAGAAACCCGGAGAGUCCCCAAUAUUGACAUCGACCACGAGCACGAUGAUGAGGAUGACCAUGACAACGAAAAUGAUCUCGACACCGUCACCCUGAGCGACGACUCAAUCAUGUCCGACCACCCGCCGGCUGUUCCCGAAAAGGAGUACCCUUCCAAGACUUCGGCCCUGGGCAGCUUUCCCUGGUCUCCCUCGUCGGCCACCAGCGAGCCGACGUCCAAGCCCGUUCCCAAUCCUCCGAGUUCCGCCCCCCUCGGCGCCCCUCCGCAGCAGCUGACGCGGAAGCUGACCAGCCCCUUCUCGUGGCUCUCCCGGGGCUCCGCACAAAAGGAGGCGUCUCCACUACCCACACCGUCUACCUCACCGCGGAGAAAUACUGCCAGUUCCGUGACCACCAUGGCGAGCAAUCCGGAGAUGAUGCUGAGCAAGCUGGAUGAGGAAGGUGGUGUGAGACGAAGCAUUGGCCGAAAGAGCCUGAAGGACCGCUUCAAGAUCAUCCGCAUGCGGGAAGAAGCCGGCAUCAUUGCGCUGCCCGACGAGCUAGGCAACACGACUAGCGAUGCCGUGUCCGAGUCGGGCAGCCCGCACAUCAGGAUCACCACCACCCGGCUCAGCGUUCCUGUCGGGUCGGCCGAUGACUUGCGCCCGGCCUCGCCCAUCCCGACGAGCCCGAAUCCAAGCCUGGCUCCGGGGACGGUGUCUGGCGUGACGGCGGGGCCGUCCAGCAGCGGCGAUGCCAGCGUCGACUGGGACAUGUGGCAGUCAGUCAUCUACGAGGGCCCGGCGGCAGUGGCGCGUUCAAGCCCAGAGGAGCUCAACCGGGCCAUCGCCACCGGUAUCCCCAACGCGAUCCGCGGCGUCAUCUGGCAGGUGCUGGCCCAAAGCAAGAACGAGGAGCUGGAGGCGGUGUACCAGGACCUGCUCGUCCGGGGCACCGAUCGUGAGAAGCAGCGUCUGAGCAACGGGCACAUGAACGGUGCCAGGGAGAUUGUGACCUCGUCGUCGUCGUCCAUCCACUCGGGCGAUUCGGGGUCCGGGUCGGCCUCGAGUGCGGCCAACGGAACCCUGUCGACUGGCUCGGCCGAGAAGGAUCUCGAUAAGGCGGCCGAGCGCAAGAAGAAGGCCAAGGUCGACGCAGCUGCCCUCAACAAGCUGGAGAAGGCGAUCCGCCGCGAUCUCGGCGCGCGGACGAGCUACUCUAAGUUUGCUGCCGCCCAGGGCCUCCAGGAAGGCCUCUUUGGCGUCUGCAAGGCCUACGCGCUGUUCGACGAGGCCGUCGGCUACGCGCAAGGCAUGAACUUUUUGAUCAUGCCGAUCCUGUUCAAUAUGCCCGAAGAAGAGGCCUUCUGCCUGCUCGUCCGGCUGAUGAACCAAUACCACCUGCGCGAUCUCUUCAUCCAUGACAUGCCCGGCCUGCACAAGAACCUGUACAUGUUCGAGCGUCUGCUGGAAGACCUCGAACCGGCGUUGUACUGCCACUUGCACCGCAGGGGUGUAUCGCCACACCUGUACGCGACGCAGUGGUUCCUGACGCUCUUUGCGUACCGGUUCCCGCUGCAGCUAGUGCUGCGGAUCUACGACCUGAUCCUGUCGGAGGGUCUGUCGGCGAUCCUCAAGUUCGGCGUGGUGCUGAUGCAGAAGAACGCGGCCACGCUGCUGGGCAUGUCAGACAUGUCGCAGCUGACAACCUUUCUGAAGGACCGGCUCUUUGACGUGUACAUUGACGCGAGCCCGAGUGCGGGCAGCAUCCUGGAGAAUGGCUUCUUCGGCAGCUCGUCGUCGAGCCUCGACAAGGAGGUGUACCGGGCGGAUCAGUUUGUGCGGGACGCGUGUGAGGUGAAGCUGACGCCAGAGCUGGUCAAGGCGUACACGGCAGAGUGGGAGGAGAAGACGCGAACGGAGCGGGAGCGAGAGACGGAGUUGGACCACCUGCGAUCGUCGAACGCGAGCCUGACAAGGCGGGUGCGCAAGUAUGAGGAGCGGCUCGAGUCGGGGGACCGGGAGCAGACGGCGCUGGCGACGGAGCUGGUGCACACCAAGGUGCAGAACGAGGAGCUGCGGGACGAGAACGAGAGCCUGAAGGGACAGGUGCGGGAGCUCAAGGUGGUGAUCGAGAAGCAGCCGGAGGAGCUGGAGCUGGCGUGGCAGGCCGAGCGAGACAGCCUGAUGGAGCGCAACACGCGCGUGCACGAGGACAGCCUGCGGGUGGAGAAGGAGAUGAGCGAGCUGGAGGAACAGCUGGUGCAGACGAAGAUGCGCUAUGCAGAGAUCAACUCCCAGUACGAAACUCUCAGCCGGAAAUGGUCUGACCUGAAGCGGCAGUUUGCAUGA